GCAGGUGGAGCUCCGCACGUGCACGCGCACCGCACGUGGGCGGGGUUUCGUGCUCGCGCGGCUGAAACUCCUGACAGGUUUGAAACGUCGUGAACUUUGAAGCUGAUCGAAGCUCACGAAAGAAAGAGAAAAAUCUUCUCCGGUUAACAAGCAUGGCCACCGAUUUCACCCAGGAGUCGGUGCUGCGCUUUCUCUUGCGCAACGGAGGAAACGUCCGGAACGGGGAUCUACUCGCGCACUUUAAAGAGUUUUUGCGGGAGCACGAGGACCGACAGAGGAACCGAGAGCUGUUUAAAAGGUACGUCAACGCCGUGGCCACGGUCAAGCAGGAGGAUGGAGUUUCUUAUGUCGUGCUAAGGAAAAAGUACCGACCGCAUCUCGGAGACGUCUCCACCAGCGCGGACUCUUCACGCAGUCGAACUGAUAAGGAACAGGAAGCCGGUGGAUCCAGUAAGGUAGAAGUGUGUGCUGUUAAACCUAAUCACGGUGACAAACCUCAGCUCUUACAGGUUCGUAACACGGACCAGAUCUUGCCAGUUGCAGGGAUUGUAAACAACAACAACAACGGAAAUCAUGGUGUUCAUUCAGACAAGGCUUUUCAAACCUCUUCACAUCAGCCAUGGGAACAAAGGGUCUCCUCAGUCCCCAGCAAAGACAAAACUAUAAAUACAUGCACUUUGGGCUUGUCUUCAUUUACUGUGGACUCAAAACGCUCAAGUGGGAGCGGCCAGAGCUUUGACCAGCCUUCGGAGGUAAAGGGAAUAUUGGAGAAGGCAAGUCCUAAACACAAUGGUGUUCAUGGUGCCAAACCUGAACAAUUGCGAGAAGCAGAUGGCUGCAGCCAGAAGUCCCUUUAUCUUCCUCCAGAUUAUCCACACUGUGAGGUGAGUGUGACCCCUCCGUCUGAGGACACUGCACACAAACACGCCCUGUCUAGCACUUUCCAGUCAUUUAACAAGAAUCCGUCCAGUGCUUGGCCUUUUCCCAUCCCACUGAGACAGUCACCGAUUUCGGCUUCCAGUCCGUGUUUAGUCGAAAUCCCUAGGAAUGCUAACUCCUUUGAUGCUUAUAGACAAGAUGGCCUCAGCCAGAGCAAUGAAAGUCUGCUCAGGCCAGAUUGCUAUGGUCAGGACAAAAGUAUUUGCAUCCUUCAACCAGAGGACUAUGGAGCAACAGCAGCAGCUCCAGUCAGUCCUACUCCACAGAGGAACAGUCUUCCACUGGAAACACCUCAUGCACGUGUGGCACACAGCUUCCUGAAGCCCAAAUUCCUGUCCUCCAGCCAAAAUACCCUUCUCCAGCCUUCUUCCAUUAACUCUGACUGGCCUCAAGCGUAUCAGGACAACUGGUCUAGUGAUGAGGCACUGAAUUAUCGUGAUUUUGGAUUAGCAGAAGGUGGGGAGCAGUCUCAGUCUGGAACCCAUCAUUCCCGUGAGGUCAGGCUCCUAUCACAGCUACAUCGCCAAGAACGCCAAGUCACACCUUUGCACCACUCAACUGGGAACCUUCUUGAUGAGAAACCCCAAGCAUCUCUCCCAAAUUCAGCACCAGAUGAGAGCGCCCACAACAGACCCGUUGUCCGGCGGCUGUCUCAUCGCCUGCGAAGCAGAAUGUGUCGAAGCCUGGGAGCAGAUCUGGACAAAGCAUUUCGGGAGGAUGGUGACAAAGCCCGGCUCAGACGACUGCACCGGAUUACCUCUUUUCUUAAUGUCUCCUCCAGCCAAAGCCACAGCCCCUUGGACAGUGUCUCCCCUGCCAGCUCUGUUCGCAGCCUGGGUCAAGACCCAUUGUCUUGUGGCCACAGAAACACCCAGGUUCCCUUGGAGCCCCAGGAGCAUGAUUGGUUUGUGAAAGCAGCUACAGGAAUCUGGACUGAAAUUUACUCUCUUUUCAGAGAGGAUCCAAAUCUGCUGGCCAAACGGGACUUUGUGUCAGGCUAUACUGUACUCCACUGGAUUGCCAAGCAUGGAGACCACCGGGUGUUGAACACUCUGUCGUAUGGUGUGCACAAAGCAGGGAUGACUCUGGAUGUGGACGCCAGGAGCACGUGCGGCUACACACCACUGCACCUGGCUGCUAUUCACGGCCACAAAAAUCUGUUGCGCCUCCUAGUGCACAAGUUCAAGGCUAAUGUGGCCCUUAGGGACAACAGUGGUAAGAGGCCAUGGCAGUAUUUGGGAGAAAACAAUGAACGAGAUCUGUUGGAGUUGCUUGGUGCUCCCCAGGCGAUUAUUGGGAGCAGUGCAGGGGUACAGUGGUCCUUAGAUAGACCCCCAGUGGCACCCGUCAACAGAUCAGCGGCUACAGUGAAGAGACACUCAUCAAUCGCUGCUCUGUUCAAACACAAGCCCCAACUAAGAGUUUCUGCCAAUGUAGAGUCCCUCUGAUAGAAACAUAGUGUCAGGCUUCUGGCUUCGGAAACUGUAAAACUAGACAAUCAUUGCCCUGAUUAAAUUCACAGUGGGUUUUUAUAGCAGGAUAUUGCAUCUGACCCUGCAAUGCUUUCAUCUCUCAGGACUGAAGAUUGUUACCGACUAUAUUGGAGACUAAAGAGGUUACCUAGCAGGAUUGUUGCUUGCAUAUUUUGGUUUUGGUUUCCAUGAUAAAAAUACCUGCACAUUACUACUUGUUCCUCCUUUAGCAGCAAAUGGGAUACUAAAUGUAACGGUUUUAACAGUUCACUUCUUGUAAUUUUAGCAUGCAGUAUUGAAAGUCUUACUUCACCAGAAGGCUGUCUGUUAUCCUGCACAAUGUAUAUUAAAACAUUUUGGGUGCUUUAAAGUUGCAAGUGUUCUCAUGCUGUUAUUUGGAACAGUGUAGUUUACACAGCAAAAUUCCCCUCAUUAUAGAACAGUACUGAAGUGAAUCAAUGUGUAUACUAUUUAACUUGAGUUUCACUAGUCACAUACAUCCUUAUUAUCCUUAUUAUCAAUCAUAUAUUUAAUCCUUUAUUUCUACUCUUGUUUCUCUAAAGGGUCUGAUUUCUGUGUGUUUAAAAGGUAACUUCAUGGGAAUUUGCUCCCUGACCCGUGCUUCUUAAUCUAGAGAAAAAUCCUAACUUAAAAAACCCCCCCAACACCCAGCUUCUGCCAAAGCUUCUCUCCUCUGCUCUUUCACUUUCCUCAUAAAACUCCCAGGAAUGUGAUAAAGUACCUAGUAUGUACCUCCAACAUCCUUUGAGAGUUCUUCACGAGUGCAGACCUUUGCCUUGUUGUCUGAUUAAAACAGCCGCUGUAAAACAGUAUUUGAGUUAUGUUCUAUG